AUGGCGGUAGCAAAUGCGCGGAAUGGUCGAUAUGCUCGAGGUUUACAGAAUUUCCCUGCGGAAACCGUGACUGAACUGUCUCCAGAAGAAGGGACUGUCCUGGGGCAGUAUGGGCAGUUGCCAUACGGGAGCCCGGCGGAAUGGGCUCUGAUGCAUUCAAGAGAGAGGCUAGUCAAAUCCACAGAUCCAGAGACGUCGUCCAUACUCAGCGAAAAGCCACGGUCGUUGCGCCAGUCCCUUUCGAGAUCCAGGUCCAAGCGUUGGUCCAAAGGAGGCUUCCGAAGACCCCCACGACGGAGUUCUCUCGCACAUGUAGGGGAAAAUUUUGAAAAGCGAUCGCUUGAAAAGCCUUCAUUCGAAACUCGACCUUCUGUUUCGAAAGACGAGGUGGAGGUUUCAGCAGUCGAAGGCGUCAUGGAGCUGCCAGCAGAGACGUCUCCUAGACAAUCGCCAGGGCGAGAAGAGCCGCGCCCUGAUCCGAACCUCCACUCAUCGUCGGGAAUAUGGUCAGUGUACAUGAACAGGGAUUACUCGAGUAGUUUGUUUCCGGUGCGUGAGGAUGAACACGAGGGAUUCGACCCAUAUCGCCUCCGUGUACGAGGGACAAGCAUCACCACACAAACAGCAGGGACCAUGCCAGACCAACCGGUGCCGCCUCCGCCUCCAUGUGCCUAUCCACCUAAUCGUUUCCGUCUGUCAAGGAACGAUUCGUCUCUGCGAUUGUCAUCUCUGAGUCUUGAUACGGCAGACAGUUCUAUCCUGGAAGAUGGUAGGAGGACACCGAUGUUGAUUGACAGCAACUUCAACUCGCCAGCUUUGCCGCCAUGCCCGACCUUUGUACCGUACAGUGCCAAUGAUGUUGGCCGUCUGAACAGGAGCUUCUCUACGAAGAGUUCGCUACAGGGGUCGUUUGCGUUCCCGUCAGGAUCGGUGGAGUUGGAGGCCUAUAAAAUGGAACGGGAUAGAACGUCCCCUCGUCGAAGUUUGACUGCUCGAAGUCCGAGUCAUAGCAUGGAACGAAUUUGUCCGCCACCACGCAGGAGUGAAUCUUUGUCUUCCACUGCACCAAGGCGGGACCCACGAUUUGCAUCGCUGGGAAACACGCCUGUGUUGUAUCCAAGUCCCAACAAUAUUCCCGCUCAUUGGAACGGCAUCAACUACAACACUGCACUCCUGCCUCAUUUCAGCCAAAUAAGACGGCCUUCGGUACACCGUCACCCACCAAGGGAUUCCACUGAUUCUCUCUUUAGCAAUGCGGACAACCUGAUCAGUGUCCCGGAAAGUCCAAGUAGGCGAUCGAGCAAUGUCGUUGUGCACGAAACGCCGUUGUCCGCAGAUGGUCUUCCGCGACUCCCUCCUCCGUCUGCACUGAAGGGUGGAAAUGGCGCGCGCAAGGGCCAUCGGCGUCAGAACUGUGUCCGGAUUUCGAUCCACCCUCCAAUCACCUUUGGAGGCCCGGUUUUCUCCCCCAUGGUUGAAGAGCCGGAGGAACAAGACGGAGCAGCGAGUCGCAGAUCCGAAGUUUCUGAGUUAUCAGCCACCAACAUGUCCUCUUUGCCCAGUGUCUCGACAAUAUCCAUAGAUAAACAAGACCACCACGAACGAAGCCGCCCUUCUUCAUACCGCCGUGCCUCUUACCGGAAUUCACCUCCUAAACGGAAACAUGCACGGACAGGUUCAAAGGACACCGGAAGCAUCAAGACUUUACCUGGCAUCGACACCGCGCUUGCUACUCGAGCAGCUAGUUUGUCUCGCACACCGUCUCCCGACAAGAGCCCUCCCGCAUGGUCAGCGUCUAACCAAGCCCCAUCACCUUCGACACGUGAGAACCCACCGAACCCUGGUGAACCACGCGUCUCGGCAGUAAAGGGCCCGCGCAGUCAACCGGGGAAACCAGCAAAGAAUACCCAGCGUUCCUCAAUGCCUUUGGCAGAGAACCCGACAUCCCCACUGCCGUCGACGUCCUCGAAUUCCAGACCAAACAGCUUGAACCAAAACUCCCUGAAGUCAAACUCGACUUUGAACCGAGGCAAUAGCAACUCUACAAACAACACAUCGACAGCCAAUGACCAAGACGCAGCAGAGGGACUGGAAGUCGUCAGCGGACCCCAACCGACAAGGCCGCUCUCCCCAUCUUGCGGAGUGAACAAAACCCCUAGCAACCGAAGCGGCAACAUCGUGACCAUCUGGGAGGAUACCAAGCUCGACACCCGACUCGAACGAACACCAACCAAGAAUUCCUCUGCCUCAGCUCCAGGUGAAGCCAUCGAACUACAAGGCGACGUUUCCUUCAACCAAGUCGAGCGACACACGAGUACUGGAAAUAUUAAGGACACAGAGGACAAGGAUACCGAUAAUGAUAAGCUUUCUCGCACAGCCAGCCAAAAGUCGACCAAACCGGAACUCAUGACGCCGGUCAAGAAGACGGUUGGGUUGGGCAUUGGGGCGACGGCAGCGACUCCGGGGAGUUUGUAUGAUGGUGAUGGAUUUUUGAAGGAGUAG